UAUGAAGUAGUAUUUGUGACUAUAAUAUGUUUGAGCUACCAUGAACUCUAGCUUGCAUAGGGGUUCAGAACAAAAUCUUCAGACUGUACAGGAUUCAUUAUGAGUUCACAAGUUUUCAACCAUCCUGUGAGGACCAAAUUUGGUGUUUGUCGAGUGCUGCCCGGUCACACGUUUUCACAGAGGCGUAUUCAUCAGGGGGUGGGACAGGGGUUUACAAGGAUUCCCAGAAAUCCUUUCCCGAUGACGAUUGACCCCCACGGCCCAAGGGCAAAGUUACAAGGAAGUAUGGACACUAUUCCAGGUCCUGACUUCUACAACCUUUCAAGCAGUGACGGUGACCACACAAUCCCUGCUGCCGACAUCGCAGCAUACGCUGCUAGUCCAAACUCUCUCUACAUGUAUGAACAAGAGAAGCAUGACAUGCAGAACUCAAUCAACGGCUCUCUAGGUAGUCCUUCACUCUCCAGCUACACCCACGGAAAGGAGGACUUCGACUUAAAGCCACAGUAUGAGAUGAACAGUCUGGAUCUGUCACUGACAGACUCUGGUGGAAAUCCAGGGACACCUUCUUCAAGCAAAUUCUGGGUUAAGUCGGAAAUGUUUGAUCCGGAAAUGUCAAUGGAAAAUUGUGAUAUGUCAAAUGGACCAACACUGGCCGAGUUGAAUAUGGAUGAAUCUCUACUGGACGAGGUGGUCAGCUUGGUGAACGCUGAUUCAGCAUUUGCAACAUCUACAAACAGUGCUUUGUGUUCAAAGGGAGAUAACAAUGUGUCACUGUCAUCUUUGCUUUGUACCCAGUCCACAAAUGUGCCCAGAGCAUCAGACUUACAGCAACCCGUGACAAAGCUGGCAACCAGUUGUGCUUCUCAGAUGAACCUCACUCCACCAUAUUCUCAGAGCCAAGCAUCAUGGGCAGUUGACAGCACAAAGGUCAAGAAACCAGCACCAACACUCGUCUCUUCAAGUGUCCAGUCCUCAGUACCAUCGUCCACAGUCACGGGUUCGCUUCCAGUUGAUGACAAGUCCACACUUCACAAACUUUUGUUGCGGAAUUCUGUGGCCCCACUCAGUAGACCCCAGUCAUCGAUGCCCACACAGUCGCCGCAGACUCCCAGCAGAACAGGGGUACAAACAGGGGUCAAGAGGUCGGCAACAGUCGCCAAACUUGGUGAGGAUGUGGAGGAGAAAUGGAGGGAAAUUGAGAAAUACAUCCACGAGAAGUCUGAAGAUUCCAAAUCCUCAGCUUCAGCACGGAGCAAGAGGAGCAGGCAUGAUUCAGGAAGCUCAGCAAUGACAUCCAAUGAAGAUCAGGAUUCAGACAAUGAUGUGUUCAGUGACAGAGACUCCGACCUUGACGAUGACCUCUCAGAUGAGGAGGGUAUGCUAAGUCAGUUGUCUCCCCUUGAGGAGUCGUUGAUGGGUAACGGCAAGAAGAAGGAGAAGCAGUAUUUCUGGCAGUACAACGUGCAAUCAAAAGGACCUAAAGGUACAAGACUCCGACUGGAGCUGGACAGCUCGGAUCCACACCAUCUGAAGAACUUCGAGGACCCUGUGUUUGACCCCAAUAAUACUCAGUGGCCCGGUAUCCGCCAUGGGGGUAAAGCCAGGAAGGGAGAUGGGAAUGAUGUUCAGCCAAACCCCAAACGACUCGUCCAGAUCGGUAUGCAGAUCAAGCGACUCAAUCGCAAAAUUAACGAAGUGACAUCGCUGGGUGAGAGCACGGCAUCGGCAAGGAACCAGUCAAGGAAGGAGAAAAAUAAGCUGGCAUCAAGGGCUUGUCGGUUGAAAAAGAAGGCACAGCAUGAAGCUAACAAAGUCAAGUUGUUCGGUCUGGAAAAAGAACACGGACAACUGAUGGAGGUGAUGGUGCACAUAAAAGCAGACCUCAAGAAGCGCCUCCUAGAGAAGGAGGAGAUAACUCCACAACAAUCACUUGUCGAGACACUUGAAGAACUCAUCAAAACCCAUCUCAAAGAAAUGAUUGCCGGCAAUACAACUGACUUUGUCAACAAAGUGAUUGCCACUUAUGAGAAAGGGGAUCCGUCCGGGGGACUUCCCAUUAGGAAGAAAUGAGCAUGUGAACCUGUUGACAUUGUGAAUUAUUCAAACAAGGACAUUUGAUGCCACAGGUUGACUUGACAGAGUUGUCAGCAGAGGAUAGCUGUGAUUUCAUCGACGGCAUAGUCGCAUCUCCGAUUCAAUAAUAGUCUGACUCAAGCAAAACGCAGUUUGCUAUGUAUUACUUUAUUUGUAAUCAUAAUUUAUUUCAAUGCAUUUAUUGAUAUGCCCUAUCUGAAAUUUUGGCAGCUUUGUCUUCUUUAUCAAUUAUUUUUCUUAAUUGCUAUUGAUAUUUUGUGAAAUGCUUGUAGAUCUUCUAUCACGAUGCCAGAAGUAUUUAGUGUUAAUACCUUCUGUAAAAUAUUAAUUUUUAUGUAGGAUAUUGGACAACUGGACAAAGUCAGUUGAGUUGGCUAAAUCCUUUCAGCUGACUCACAAACGAAUAUAUUUUGUACCUUUUCAGGUGAUCUUUACACAAUCUCCUUUAGAUAACUAGUUUGUUCUAUUAAAAUUCUAUUGAUCUAUUGUAUCAUAAACUUUGUGUGUAAUUUGGAACGAUCAGUUGCUCUUUAUGGGAAAACUGCUAGAUUCACCUGGCCAUUUUAGAAAUUGCUACUUUCAUUACAAAAGGAAGCAAUGUUCAGGUAACCAUGGUAACAAAUAUUUUUCAUUCAAUGUUGAACUUGCAUGCAUUGUUUACUUCGGUCAUGUUUUUCCAUCCAAAGAACAUUAAUUGUAACCCUCUUUUGUAUGAAAUCCCAUUAUUUGUUUGUUAUUUGUUUUGUGACAUAACUUUGUAUGGAUAUAUUUGUAUGUUUGAUAUCAUCUAUUGUGCGCUUAAGUGUUUUGUCAAUAUCGUCUAUUUUCACAGAAAUGCAUUUUCAUUAUGAUAAUCGUCACUAGUCAGUGUUUCACACAGUUGAAUUGAAGAAGAAACACUGAGUGUGAUGCAUCUCAAUAAAAGUAUGUACAGACUAUU